UCGCAUGCUCAGAACUCCACAGGCUGUAGCGUAUCGCACACCGAGCCGAGCCGAGCCGACGUAUACCCUGAGAGGCAGGGAAACAAUAGUGGCUGGCUGCCGUCCGUGAGAAGGGAAUCCGUCAGAGAGCCUCGAGAGAAAACCCGUACGCCGAACCGUUGUCCUCUCUUUGUGACGGGAUCGCGAGAAGGAGCGUUGUUCGAUUCGACACGGGACGCGACGGGACGCGAGACGCGCGUUUUCACCCUCUGCGACGGGGAACAACAACGCAGCGGGAGAGAACACACACACACAGACACACGGGGGAUAGAUACGUUUUCUCGUGCGCGAUCCAAAGGGCCCACCUAUUUUUUUCCAUCCGUCGGCAGCUCGCCGAUCGUCAGGCCUCCUCUCCGUCGGUCUGACAAGUGGUUUCCUCGAGCCGAUUGAUUAUUUCGUCGUCCCCCUCUUUUCUUUUCCGUCGGCUCUGCUGUUCUGGGUGGUGUCGUCAGGGUCAGAACGGCGGUCGAGUGACAGGGCGUCCCGCCGCCAGUGGUGUCACAAUGAUCUCGUGGUCGUGGAAAGUGCGAGAAAAGUGAGAGAUACAGUGCCGCGGCCCCGCGAACACCGUUCAAGUGCGCGUCUUCUCACACACGCGCAUCCCGAUUAACGAGAGAACGGCGAGACGCGAGCAGGGAUGAUGACGAUGCUGCUAUCGGAAGGAAACCAGCCGCUGCUUCCUUGAUCCACGAGAAAACACUCUUAUCGAUACGUGCGCGUCUGAUCCAACACACCGGAUACAAGAUAGAGUGAUAUGUUAACCGAAUACAAUGAUCCAACGAAGCCAGUAGGGGUUUUAGACAAUGCUGGCAACGUGUCUUCGUCGACCGAGGCCUCGGCGCAGCAUCCUCGAACCACAAGCAAUGAGACAGAGGUCAAAAACGAGGUGCAGGACUGCCCUGAGAAUGACAGCGUGCCGCCCAGCGGAGAAUUAUACAUCGAUGAGAAUGCAGAAGAAAAGGAGCAGGAGUAUCCGGACUCCAUGGAGAAGACGGACUACAGUACAUUGUACGGACCGAAUCAAUAUUAUAACAGCUUGUAUAAUUCGCCACCUUAUACAACGACCCGAAAGGAUACCUCGGCCUUGCAAAGCUCUUAUUUGUCCACGUAUACCACGCCAAAUUCCAUAACUCAGUAUUCGUCCUACGCCCCGUACAACAGCGGCACAACGAAUUUCCCAAACGUAGCCCAGAAUAUAUCGUCAUCCUCUCAGAAAUUGGAUUAUAGCGCCUAUAGUAGCAGUUUGUACAGCAACGACAGGGUGCCGCUGCAGUAUUCCGGAUACUAUCCCAUGCACGGUUAUCACACGACACCCGCUUCGUUUAACAUCGGAAACCUGAAUUUUGGAGAUUCGACCAAGUCUACGCUCACGUUGGACGCAACAGCUCACAAUGCCAGCGAUCUUACCGCACGAGAAACCGCAAACGUCGAAGGGGCGGCGGCGAAACCCUGCAGACGCGGAAGACGCCAGAGCGGAAAUGGAAACAGUAUAGGUUCUGCGGAUACGACAGAAGCCGGUCCUGAUCGGAUAUUCAUCUGGGACCUUGACGAAACCAUAAUCGUGUUUCACUCGUUGCUCACCGGGGUAUUCGCAGCGAAGCAUCAGAAAGACCGCAACCUUUUGGCCGCAGUCGCGUACAGGAUGGAGGAAAUGAUAUUUAAUUUGGCCGAUACUCAUUUCUUCUUCAACGACGUGGAGGAUUGCGAUCAAGUACACAUCGAUGAUGUGUCGUCGGACGAUAACGGGCAGGACCUGUCUUCUUACAAUUUCGCCACCGACGGUUUCCAAUGCGCGUCAGCGAACAACGGCAUAUGUUUGGCGUCCGGUGUCAGGGGCGGCGUCGACUGGAUGCGGAAACUAGCUUUCCGAUAUCGUAAAAUAAAAGAGAUCUACAGUAAUUAUCGAAAUAACGUCGGCGGACUGUUGGGCGCAGCGAAGCAGGAACAAUGGCUGCAAUUACGAUCGGAGAUCGAAGUGCUGACCGACAAUUGGUUAACGUCGGCCGUGAAAUGUUUAAGCCAUAUCAAUAAAAGAAAUCACUGCAUCAACAUCUUAGUCACCACCACACAACUGGUACCUACUUUAUCGAAUGUUCUGCUUUUUGGAAUCGGCGGGAUAUUUCCAAUUGAGAAUAUUUAUUCCGCCUCGAAAAUCGGAAAAGAAAGCUGCUUCGCAAGGGUGAAAGCACGAUUUGGCCGGAGAUGCACGUACGUGGUAAUAGGAGACGAUUCCGACGAAGAAACGGCGGCGCGUGCCCACAACUUCCCAUUUUGGAGAAUAAACAGCCAUUCGGACAUACAAUCUCUUCACAUCGCCUUAGAACUGGGACUCCUUUAAUCAGAACAAUUUGAAACGAAACGAUCUGUCGAAACGAGAAAAAAAAACAAAAAAAACACUUCGGUUAUACGGGAUGUUUCAAUUAGGAUAUUAUUCUUUACUCUGUCGAGAUGAAAGAGCGCAAAGUAGAGAGGACGCUUCUAUCGAAGAUUUUAAACAAUUGCUACUGUUUAUCGCAAUAGUAAUAUCAGAAUCGAGGAUAUCAACCAUUCUCCUCUGAAAUUGCCAUACAUGGUUACCAGGUAAGGCCGUUGGUCGAUCGUUUAAACAUGUACGAUCAAAGCAGGGUCCACAAGUGAUAUAAUAACGAAAAAAAAAGAAAAAAACAAACAAAAUGAAAGUAACAAAAGAAACGUAUUCGAGAAGAGCAAAGAUUUAUACAUAACACGAAUAUUUCUAAUUCAUGUACGCUUUCAACCGUAAUAUGUUCGAUAUGAACAUUAAUUCGUUGGGAAUUAUAGUAUCUUUUAUGUACUUAAAAACGCGCAUUUCCUGCUUUACAAAAUUAUAGAAAAGUAUAGAAUCGGUCGAAAGAGAUAAGAUUUACUGGAGGAGAAGACGAUGUGGCGCGCAAUCACAGUGACUCGCAUUAAUAUUCGGACACGAUAUUGUUAGAAAAGUUAUUGCUCCUUCUUUUACUGUUUAUAUGAUAGCAUUAUAUAAUAUAUAUAUAUAAUGCUAUCAUAAACAACAAUAAGGAGCAAUAAUUUUUCUAAUAAUAUCGUGUCCGAAUAUUAAUGCGAGUCACUGUACAUCGACUGUAAUAUUUGAGCAAACGAGAAUGUUACAGAACCGUUUAAGGAGAUUUUAUAUGAAUAUUGUGAUACAAUUUGGUCCAAUAAUUAUUUCAUUACAAUGUAACCCAAAUAAACCUGAAGAAAUAUAGCGAAACGUAUACUUUCUGAUCAGUAAUUGGUGACGGUUAUAGUUACGUUCUUUUUCGUUAACUCUUAAAUACAAAAAAUAUGUAUUCGACUGAAAUAUUGUGAAUCCUUAAGAAUUAUUUGUUCGUGCGUAUCGUGUAUUAAUAAGGAUAUUUAGGUACAUAUAUUUUUUGAAUCGUCCAUAUCACAGUGCAAUUGGAAAAUGUCUCCGAAAUUUCUGCUGUUUUUGACUUAUGUAUAUUAGCCAGAAGUGUAGCGAUUUAAAUAGAAUGUGAAUGUGUCAUUCGAAUUUGAAAUUCUAAUAAGAAUCUUAGGGCCGCAUAAAUAAUAUUUUCAAAGUGUACGGGGGUAGGUUAUUUAAUUCAAAUUUUAAUUAAUAAAACGGAAAGAUAAGAUUAGCAAAUGAUAACCAAAGUUAACGCGACGUUGAAUAACUGUAAAAUCAAUUUUAUAUAAGUUUCUUUAUAAAUGUGUGGUGAAUUUUCAGUUGAAAACGUUUUGUGGAAAACCAUCGAACAAAGAUAUUUACACUUUGUACGUGUUAUAGAGAUCGGCAAAUUUGUUUACUUUUUCUUUUUUAAAAAAUAUGAAGUUCUCCUUUCAUAGCUUAUAUCUUUUUUAGAUUUCUAUAUUUAUUUAUAUAUUAAUUUUAUAUCGCUGAAUAAUAUUACUUUCCUUGAUCUUGAUAUCGAAAUUUUGAUAUUUGUAGUUAAUAUACAUAUAUUAUAAUACUUGGGAAUUGAUAAUUUCAUGAAUAAUUAAAAAUUAACCGGAAAAUUUGAGAAGCACAAAAUUUGCACAAGCCCUUAUCAUUAUUAUUAUUGUUACGAAGUUGACGUUAACUGUAUAAAACAUCUUUUUAUAAAAUUACAUUUAAAUAUUACUCAACAAUUCAGGCGAGAGAAAUUACAGGAAAAUAAAAGUCAUAUUGAAUAAUAGCAUUAUCACUUUCGGAAAAAACUGUAAUCAUUGUUUCGCUUUGAUUUACAAACAUUCCUUUGUUUAUGUAUUCAAUUUUGUACUGAACGCACAGCGAUAUGAAUUUUAUUUGAGUGUAUGUAUAAUUUUAGAACAAACUAUGCAACUGUAUUAAGUGAACUGUGCCUAUUGAAAUUAUAUAUAUUUUUAUAUAUA